GGGCCGCGGUGGGGGGGCGGGAGCCCGAGGGGUCCUAAGGAGUUAGUUGUGGGGCUGGAGGGCACGCCGGCGGGCGGACGGCUCGGGAAGGAGGGCUUGUUUUCUCGGGUGAAUCCGUGUCAUCACAUCCUGAUCAGAUGUUGAAAUAUUCUUUGUUUGGGUCCCCAACUAGCGGGGCUCCUCCUGCGCAGCCCCUUGGCAUCCCGGGCCCGGGGAGGGGGGGGGCCUCGGUGCCGGCCUUGACACUGAACUUGGGGCUGCUUUUUGUGGGGUUUGCUUGCUCCCCUCCCUUGUGCUCCCAGAGAGCUGCUGACACUGGGGGAACUUAGCCGGGCUAGGGCCUGGGAGUGUGAUCUGAGUCAUUUACAGCCCAAUGGGAGGCUAAGAUUCAUUCUAACUCAUGGAAUUCCCGUUGUGUUCUGUUUUUUUGCCCUGUAGGGAGAACUUACCUAGGUGCACGUUACAGAGCUGUCCGAGGGUGACAAGAUUUCAUGGCCCUGGAGGCAAAGGACUUUUGAGAAGAGAGAUCUACGGGGUCCUCCAGAAGCCUCAGUGCUGAAGUGGUCCUUUUCCUUUCCUGCCCAUCCUCCCUGCUGCCGCCCUCUACUCAUCCAUGUGGGUCACUGCUUCCCAGAUAGAUGCCCACUCGGCUUGUGUGGACAGCUCUCAAUUCUGCCCAGUAGGAGGUGCUGCAGCGACAGAAGGCCAUUCUGCUGAAUUUUGAGUUUGGGUUUUACCACUCCUUCCAUCAUCUGGCCCAAAGCAGUGACAGGUUAACAUUCAACUCAGAGUUCCAGGAGUGCCUUCAGGGGACCAGAGAGCUGAAGGAGAGCUGACUUUUCCAAAACUUGCUGCAAGUGAGAAGACAUUUAGCAUUUUGAACAAAGACUGAAGAAACUGUAGAAUUAGCAGAAACAUUAGAAAAAGUGGAGAAGUUAGAGGAUGGAGUUGCAGACUCUACAGGAGGCCCUUAAAGUGGAAAUUCAGGUUCAUCAGAAACUGGUUGCUCAAAUGAAGCAAGAUCCACAGAAUGCUGAUCUGAAGAAGCAGCUUCAUGAACUCCAAGCCAAAAUCACAGCUUUGAGUGAGAAACAGAAAAGAGUUGUGGAACAGCUUCGGAAGAAUCUGAUAGUAAAGCAGGAACAGCCAGACAGGUUCCAGAUACAGCCGUUGUCGCAGUCCGAAAACAAGCUUGCGCCAGCCCAGCAGCAGCCGCCGCCACCGCCGCUCCCGCCACUCCCGCAGCAGCAGCAGCAGCAGCAGCAGUACCACCACCAGCAGCAACCAGCUGCCCCCUCUCCUAACCUGACCGCCCCAUCACAGAAGACUGUAACUACAGCUUCUAUGAUCACCACAAAGACACUACCUCUUGUCUUGAAAGCAGCAACCGCAACCAUGCCUGCCUCUGUCGUGGGCCAGAGACCCACCAUCGCCAUGGUGACUGCCAUCAACAGCCAGAAGGCCGUGCUCAGCCCCGACGUGCAGAGCACACCGGUCAACCUCCAGACAUCCAGCAAGGUCGCUGGGCCCGGGGCAGAGGCUGUUCAAAUUGUGGCGAAAAACACCGUGACUUUGCAGGUUCAAGCAACACCUCCUCAGCCCAUCAAAGUACCACAGUUUAUCCCUCCUCCCAGACUCACUCCUCGUCCCAACUUCCUUCCCCAGGUCCGGCCCAAGCCAGUGGCCCAGAACAACAUCCCCAUCGCACCGGCCCCCCCUCCGAUGCUAGCAGCCCCUCAGCUCAUCCAGAGGCCUGUGAUGCUGACCAAAUUCACCCCCACGUCCCUGCCCACGUCCCAGAACUCCAUCCACCCCGUGCGCGUCGUGAACGGGCAGACGGCGACCAUCGCCAAGACGUUCCCCAUGGCCCAGCUCACCAGCAUUGUGAUUGCCGCUCCCGGGGCCCGCCUGGCCGGGCCUCAGACUGUGCAGCUCAGCAAGCCGAGCCUCGAGAAACAGACCAUCAAGUCGCACACGGAGACGGAAGAGAAGCAGGCAGAAAGUCGGACCAUCACUCCCCCUGCCGCCCCUAAGCCAAAACGGGAAGAAAACCCGCAGAAACUUGCCUUCAUGGUCUCUCUGGGGCUGGUGACGCACGACCAUCUGGAAGAAAUCCAGAGCAAGAGGCAAGAACGGAAAAGGAGGACGACGGCCAACCCCGUGUACAGCGGAGCCGUGUUUGAGCCCGAGCGCAAGAAGAGCGCGGUCACGUACCUGAACAGCACAAUGCAUCCUGGGACCCGGAAGAGAGGUCGUCCUCCAAAAUACAAUGCAGUGCUGGGCUUUGGAGCCCUGACCCCAGCAUCCCCCCUGUCCAGUCAUCCCGACUCCCCUGAAAAUGAAAAGACAGAGACCACAUUCACUUUCCCUGCACCUGUCCAGCCUGUGUCCCUGCCCAGCCCCACCUCCACAGACGGUGAUAUCCAUGAGGAUUUUUGCAGCGUUUGCAGAAAAAGUGGGCAGUUGUUAAUGUGUGACACAUGUUCCCGUGUGUAUCACCUGGACUGUCUGGACCCUCCUCUGAAAACUAUUCCCAAGGGCAUGUGGAUUUGUCCCAAAUGUCAAGACCAGAUGCUGAAAAAGGAAGAAGCAAUUCCUUGGCCCGGGACCUUAGCAAUUGUUCAUUCCUAUAUUGCCUACAAAGCAGCAAAAGAAGAAGAAAAACAGAAACUGCUUAAAUGGAGUUCAGAUUUAAAACAGGAGCGAGAGCAGCUGGAGCAGAAGGUGAAGCAGCUCAGCAAUUCUAUAAGUAAAUGCAUGGAGAUGAAGAACACGAUCCUGGCGAGGCAGAAGGAGAUGCACGGCUCCCUGGAGAAGGUCAAGCAGCUGAUCCGCCUCAUCCACGGCAUCGACCUGUCCAAGCCCAUGAACUCUGAGGCCGGCUCGGCGGCCUUGCCCAACGGCCCGGACUGCACGCCCCCCGCCCCCGCCGCGCCCUCCACGCCGGCGCCCACGCCCUCGCCGGGCUGCACGCUGAACUGUAACAAGGGCGAAGAGACUAAAUAACGGGGCCGGCCGCGGGCGGCGGCGGAACCCCGAGCCCCAGAAAAGCCGAGCCGGGCUCUUCUGGGAAGGGCAGGAUUCCUUUGGCGAAAGCCUCGGCUCCGAGGGAGAAGCCGCCGGUGCCAGGUGGCGCCGGAGUUUGCCAAUCGAUCCUCCUUAUUACUGUGUGUACAUGCAAAGUCUGGACCGCAUCACGUGAAACAGUGCCAGCUGGGGGUGCUCUGCCAGCACCGUGCCAAGUGAAAUCUCUAUUUACUCUCUCUAUUCUACACCAGUGUGUGCCUGCAGCAGCCUCCACAGCCACGAGGGGUGGGCCGGGCUGGGCUGGGGAGCGGGAAGAGGCCGGGGCAGGUUUCAGACCCUUACGGCUGAGCCGUCGCUUGGGUGGGGAAGAGAGGUCCAAAGAGCGCGUGGGCUUUCCUGUCUGAGACUCUCACGACUAUAAAACCAAAAACAACAAAAAAAGGAAAUCCAGAUGUAAGCAAUCGCAGUGCCCAGAAGGGUGGGAGGGCGGGAGGGCGGGAGGGGGUGGGCGCAAGGGUGGGAAAAGUAUAUCAAAUAAGCAGUAUUUAAUACCGGUGGCAGAGGGAGGGGGCCGGCCCGGACGGCCGCGGCCAGUGGCCCCCAGGCCCGCUUCUCCCCGGCCCCCGCCCCACCCCCUCGGGCUCCCCCAUCCUUCCGGAGCCCCCCGGAUCUGCCCGCUGCACUUUCUGGGGGGCUGGGGUGGGGCGGAGCAAGCGGGGCCCCCUCCCUCCGAGUCCGGGCGGCGGAGGCCCGGGAAAAGGCGGAUCGGUGAUUUUACUUGAAACAGAGCUCCAUCCCUUCUCUAUAUUUAUAAAGCGGAAAGAGCCUGAGCAAAGCACCCCACAGCCCAGAUGUGUGAACUCAAUGGAGACGUUUUCUUUCCUUUCCUUUUUUUUUAAACGUUUCUUUUACUUUUUUUGUAACAAAAACUAAAAUACGGACUAGAAGAGCUGUUUUUCAGGCUGACAGCCCGGUUAAGGGGUAGCUGAGACCUUGCAUGGUAUAGAUUAGGAGUCCUAGUGUCAGUGAGAUACAGUGAGUCUUUGUGAGUCCUCGUGUCAUCGUUUCGGGCACUGUUUUUUAUGCAAGGGCAAAAUCUUUGUAUCUUGGGGAAAACGACAACAACUUUUUUUUAAAUUAAAAAGGAAAAUAAAAGCUA